AUGAAGAUCUGGAGUCUGAAUAACAUUGCGGCCAGCUUGAUCUUCAUCAUGAAUUCAGCAGACGCAGAAUAUGCUGCAUUUGAAGAAAAGGUGAGACGGACUAUUUUCAUUGACAACCUCUCACCCCUGGUUACUGAAGCUGUUAUGAAAAAGGCAUUUGAUCAGUUUGGAAAUGUGACCAAUGUUCGGUUCAUUAUGAACUACACUGAGCCAAAUUAUGUACCACGUAGUGCUUUGGUGGAAUUGGAAAACGCAGAUCAGGUUGUGCGAAUUUUGUUGGAGAUUGAGAAUUACCCAUUCAUGAUAUCUGGAAUGCCAAGGCCUGUCCGGGCACGUGCUGCUGAAGCAGUGAUGUUUGAUGAUCGGCCAAGAAAGCCCGGGAGAAGCAUACACUUUUGUUGGUUAGACCAGCAGGACCCUGACUUUAAGAUAGCAAAGAAACUCAAGCUUCUGACAAGGGUACAUGCUGAGGAAGCUUCAUACAUGCUAAAGAGACAAAUAGCAGAGGAAGAGAAGCUUGCAGCACAGCAAGAAGAAAACCUAAAGACAAACUAUAAGAAGUAUGAGCUGAUAGAUGGUAUUGUAGCCGAUGGAACUUUUGACCGCCUUGCACGCUGUUAUAACAUGAGACCGAAUAUUACAGACUACAGACUUCCAACUUCGGACAUCAGAGUCAUAAGCUAUGUGGAUUAUGGAUACUCUCGUUCUACCGGAAAUGGUGCCAAAGUGAAGAAACUUUAUCUUGCUUCGUGGGAAGGCUAG